UGCGUCUGAGGGCUCCACGCGUCCGAGCCGGCUGCAGCUUUCUCCUCGUAGCGUCCCAGCGGUUCCCGCCACACUUAUCGCCAGCCAUGAGUCGCAGCUACAACGAUGAGCUGCAGUUCCUGGACAAGAUCAAUAAAAACUGCUGGAGGAUCAAGAAGGGCUUCGUGCCCAACAUGCAGGUUGAAGGAGUUUUCUAUGUGAAUGAUGCACUGGAGAAAUUGAUGUUCGAGGAGCUACGGAAUGCCUGUCGGGGCGGUGGUAUUGGUGGCUUCCUACCAGCCAUGAAACAGAUAGGCAAUGUGGCAGCUCUUCCUGGGAUUAUUCACCGAUCUAUUGGUCUUCCUGAUGUCCAUUCGGGCUAUGGGUUUGCCAUUGGGAACAUGGCAGCCUUCGACAUGGAUGACCCAGAAGCUGUGGUUUCCCCAGGUGGUGUGGGGUUUGACAUCAACUGUGGUGUCCGCUUGCUAAGAACCAAUUUAGAUGAAAGUGAUGUCCAGCCUGUGAAGGAACAACUUGCCCAGGCUAUGUUUGACCACAUUCCUGUUGGGGUGGGAUCAAAAGGAGUCAUCCCGAUGAAUGCCAAAGACCUGGAGGAGGCCUUAGAGAUGGGUGUUGAUUGGUCCCUAAGGGAAGGAUAUGCCUGGGCUGAAGACAAGGAGCACUGUGAAGAGUAUGGAAGGAUGUUGCAAGCUGACCCCAACAAGGUCUCCGCCAGGGCCAAGAAAAGAGGCCUUCCUCAGUUGGGGACCCUGGGAGCAGGCAACCACUAUGCAGAAAUUCAGGUUGUGGAUGAGAUUUUCAAUGAGUAUGCUGCUAAGAAAAUGGGCAUCGACCAUAAGGGGCAGGUGUGUGUGAUGAUACACAGCGGAAGCAGAGGCUUGGGCCACCAAGUAGCCACAGAUGCACUGGUAGCUAUGGAAAAGGCCAUGAAGAGAGACAAGAUCAUAGUCAAUGACCGCCAACUGGCUUGUGCUCGCAUCUCCUCCCCUGAGGGGCAGGACUACCUGAAGGGAAUGGCAGCGGCUGGGAACUAUGCCUGGGUUAACCGCUCUUCCAUGACCUUCUUAACCCGUCAGGCUUUUGCCAAGGUCUUCAACACGACGCCCGAUGACUUGGACCUGCACGUGAUCUAUGACGUUUCUCACAAUAUUGCCAAAGUGGAGCAGCAUGUGGUGGAUGGAAAGGAGCGAACACUGUUGGUGCACAGGAAGGGCUCCACCCGUGCUUUCCCUCCUCACCACCCGCUCAUUGCUGUUGAUUACCAACUCACUGGACAGCCGGUACUUAUUGGUGGCACCAUGGGAACCUGCAGUUAUGUUCUUACGGGCACUGAACAGGGCAUGACUGAGACCUUUGGGACAACCUGUCAUGGAGCGGGCCGUGCGUUGUCCCGAGCAAAGUCGCGACGUAAUUUAGAUUUCCAGGAUGUCUUAGACAAAUUGGCAGAUAUGGGGAUUGCAAUCCGUGUCGCUUCACCCAAACUGGUUAUGGAAGAGGCUCCUGAGUCCUAUAAGAAUGUGACAGAUGUGGUGAAUACCUGCCAUGACGCCGGAAUCAGCAAGAAGGCCAUUAAACUGAGACCCAUUGCUGUGAUCAAAGGAUAGACCAGUGCCCCAGGGCUUCUGGCAUCACUAACCUUAGUAAGGUGCAAGUAGACUGAAACACGCUUCAGACUGAGAGCUGACAGGUUCGAGUGUGUAGCUCUGCUGCCAUGCCACGGUGGCUGCCACGAGACUGCUGUACCCAGGAGCCACACAGUUCCCCCAGGACAAGAAUGGACUGCUUCCUCCACACCACACCUUGUCUUACCUGCCAUAGGUGUCAAAAAAACCAUACUAUUAAAGGCUGUGGCCUUUCUUCCCUCC